AUGAGCACUCAAGAGUCAAAUCCACCCAGAUCGAAUGGAAAAAUGCUUCCGUUGUGGGGCCUGGCGGCUCUUGCAGGUGCAGCUGCUUGGAAAUACUCGGUAGCGCAGCAACAAGUUUUGUCCUUUGAGGGGCUGGUUCCGCCCGCUCAGACGGUGAUCGUAGAUCCCUUGCAAUAUAAUGCGAUAGGAAAGAAUGGAAAUUUCCGCAAAGAUUCCUACAGUUCUUACUUCAAUCCGACGAGCACAGCGCCCCCAUUCUUCCAGGCGUUCCAUCCGUCGUUCUUCGAGAUCAUUGGCUCAUCUCCUUCGAUUCGAGAGAUUGCGUCAAAUCCAGGAUUCGCGUUCGCCCACGAAGCACCCAUCUGGAUUCCCGACACGGACGAGUUGUUCUUCUCAAGCAAUGGCGGGGGGGCACUUGGAUUCAGCGACUGGGACAACAACAACCAGGUUGCGAAGAUCGAUAUGCCAGAGGUGUAUGGGGCUAUGGCUGCAUCUGGAAGUAGCACAUCUCCUGUGAAUGUGACGGUCACUCCGCUCGACCUCCCAGAUACUGUGCAGAUGACGAAUGGGGGGACAGGACCAUUCCGAUCAUCUCUGCUAUUCAUCAACUCUGGCAGGGCCCUGCUGCCAACUUCCUUGACCCUCGUGAACCCGGUGCCGCCACACAACGUGACUGUACUGUUGGACAACUUUUAUGGUCGUCAAUUUAACUCCUUGAACGAUGUUAAAGUGCAUCCCAAAAGCAAGAAGAUAUUCUUCACGGAUGUGACAUACGGGUUCCUCAACCAUUUCCGCCCGCAGCCGCUCCUCCCCAACCAGGUAUACCGCUUCGAUCCUGACACUGGGAGUAUCCGUGUCGUUGCCGAUGGCUUCACGCGACCGAAUGGAUUGGCCUUUUCGCCAGACGGCAGCAUUGCAUAUAUCGCUGAUACGGGUGCCUCUGGAGGAUUCUUAGGCAAGAACCAGACGGACCCUGCUACCAUAUACGCAUUUGAUGUCGACCCGAAGAGUCAGGCUUAUACAAACCGCCGCGUCUUCGCAUACAUUGACUCAGGUGUACCUGACGGUGUACAAGUUGACGCCAAGGGCAACGUGUACUCCGCAUGCGGAGACGGCGUGCAUGUGUGGGACGAGGAAGGCACCCUCAUUGGGAAGUUUCUCAUCGGCACAGAAUCUGCAAAUAUGGUAUUCGCUGGGAAGGGAAAGCUCGUCAUCCUUGCGGAGACCGCAAUUUACUUGGCACAAAUCGCGGUCGAUGGGCCUAACCUGGCAUUCUCUUAG